CCCGUUCGCUCGUGAGGCCUCACUUUUGCUACCAAAACGACCCGACCACCACCACCGCCCUCUCCUCUCUCACAACCUCCCUCUGCCUGGCACUUGCUCCGCGGAUUUCAUGCAUCAUGGAAUCCGCGUCUCUACAAGUGCCCGCGGGGCCUGAUACUCCCUCCCUUCCACCUCACACGAACGGCAAUCUGUCUCCUAUGCCGUCUGACAUGCCCAACACUGACGCCGCUCUAUCCUCACAACCCGAGAGCGAGCUCUCGGAGCCGCAGCUACCAUCUGCCAUCGAGUCUCCAUCAACCAGUGUCGAGAGCGAGGCCGAAUCCGACGCCGCAAAUGAGAAGGACGCGCAGAGCUCGCAAUCAGGCUCGGACGAGGAUGCCGAAGGUUCCGCUGAUGACGAAUAUGACCUCGGGCCUUCGGCUACCGCCCGCUCGUCUCACAGCCCUUCAUCACGACCGUCAUCGUCUCCGGACCCGCAGUCGCGAAAACGCAAGUUCAGUGACGAGGAUAUGGACGAGGCUAUAGCAGCGAAUCCGGAACUGUAUGGCAUUCGUCGCAGUGUCCGCUCCCGCAUAGUACCUAGACGAGUGGUGGAGAGCAGCGAAGACGAUGACGAUUCAACCUCAGACGUCGCUCCACGAAAUCGGCGACGUCGGAAGCCACGCUCACCACCAAAAUCAUCGAAACCAGUUACCCCAGCUGUCGCAAGCGACUCUGAUUCCGAUUCCGAGGCAUACGUCGGCCGCCGCCGUGACGUGCUCAGCAAAAAGCAGAAACAGCGACGACGAGAUGUGCUCAAUGGUAACGCGCCUCCUACCGUUGCUGAAGUACGCUUUUCGACACGGCAGCGAAAUGCGGUCACAAACUACAAUGAUGACGAGGACGCUUUCGACGAAGACCUGAUAGACGAAGACGCCGUGCAGGAAUGGUACGAGGACAACUCGCCAUAUGUGGAUCGGGUCCUGUACCACCGACUCCCCGAGGGCGUUGAAUGGACCAAGGAGGACUUGAAUAAGACCGACUUCGAGUACCUUAUCAAGUGGCAAGGUCAGAGUUCCAUACAUGCCACGUGGGAGAAGUGGGAAACGCUGAAGACCACUCGUGGCUUCAAGAAGGUUCAGAAUUACGCCGUACAUGAGAAGACAGGCGUGAAUUUACACAUCAGGCUGCAGACUGGCAAAAACGUGCCGAUCGACGAACGAGAGAGUUACCUCGUGCACUAUGAGCUGCUGGCCGAGAAGAUCGCGGCCGAGAACAAGCCGGAACGUGUCAUCGGUUCGCAAGUCAUUGACGGAGUCACGCACUAUUACGUCAAGUGGCGAGGUCAGGAAUAUGAUCAAUGCUCGUGGGAGACGGAGGAUGCGAUGUCUAGUCAACCCGAGGAGGUGCAGCAGCUGUAUCAAAAAGCCAUUGAUGCUUUCAUCGAGCGCAGCCAGAACAUUCCCAAAUCGACCAGGCUGACGCAACGUCCGCAGUUCAAGCGCUUUACCGAGCAACCGGAAUACAUCAAGUACGGGAAGUUGCGAGACUUCCAGCUCGAUGGCCUGAACCGGCUGUGCCUGCACUGGACUGGUUACCACAACAUCAUGCUUGCGGAUGAGAUGGGCCUGGGUAAGACGGUACAAACAGUCUCAUUUCUGAAUUUCUUGCGCCACGACCGCAACCAACAGGGACCUUUCUUGGUCGUCGUACCACUCUCGACCAUGCCUGCAUGGGCAGAGACGUUUGAUAAUUGGACGCCCGACUUGAACUACAUCACAUACCACGGCAAUAAGGCGUCACUGGAGAUCAUCCAGGAGUACGAGCUGCUUAAAGACGGCAAGCCUCGUUUUAACGUUCUUCUGACAACGUAUGAGAUUGUGAAUCGCAACGUAAACUUCUUGCGCCAGUUUAAGUGGCAGUACCUAGCCGUCGAUGAGGCACACCGGCUCAAGAACUCCGAAUCUCAAUUAUACGAGACGCUGCAGUCGAUGUCAUUUGACGCUAAACUGCUCAUCACAGGAACACCCAUGCAGAACAAUCUGCUUGAGCUUAAGUCCUUGAUGGACUUUCUCAUGCCGGGCGUCAUCCAGGUCGACCCAAAGAUCGAUCUGACCGACAUCGAAGGCGCCGCUGAGCAACUUGGUCAGCUUCGCUCGGACAUCAAUAGAUACAUGAUCCGCCGCACUAAGGCGCAGGUCAUGAAAGAGCUACCGCCCAAGACAGAGAAGGUGCUGCGCGUUGAUCUCUCGGAUUUGCAGCAAGAGUACUGUAAGAACAUUACGUUGCGUAACUACGAGGCUCUCAACAAGGGCGUUCAGGGCCAGAAGGUCUCGCUCUCCAACAUACUCAUGGAGCUUAAGAAGGCCAGCAAUCAUCCGUUUCUAUUCCCGGCCGCGGAGGAACGCUUCUGGACAGAGCAUGAAAAGAGCAAAGAGGAGCGCUUGCGCGAUCUGGUCGUUACUAGUGGCAAAAUGAUGCUGUUGGAUAAGUUACUCGAGCGCUUGAAACGCGAGGGCCACCGAGUGCUCAUCUUCAGCCAGAUGGUCAUGGUGUUGAACAUUUUGGCCGAAUACUUGCGGCUGAGAGGACACAAGUUUCAGCAACUAGACGGCACGACAGCAGCGAGUGCCCGCAGGGCUGCCAUCGACAGGUACAACGCGAAAGACAGCGAGGACUUUUGCUUUCUCUUGUCAACGAGAGCAGGUGGUCUAGGUAUCAAUCUCAUGACCGCUGAUACCGUCAUCCUUUUUGAUUCGGAUUGGAACCCGCAUGCUGACCUGCAAGCCAUGGGCCGCGCGCACCGUAUAGGGCAGACCAAACCAGUCACCAUUUACCGCCUUGUUUCUGCGGACUCAAUUGAGGAGAAGAUUCUAGAGGCGGCAAAGAACAAGCUUGUAUUAGAGUAUGUAACAAUUCAGAAGGGUGGCAAGGAGUCCGAGAUCCAGGAACAGGCCGCAAAGAAGGGUGUCAUCGUCGGUGGCGAGAAAGGGCCCAGCCGGGAGGAUAUGGCUCGCAUUCUAAAGUUUGGCGCCACCAAGCUAUUCCAACCAAGCUCAGACAAUCAGAAGAAGCUCGAGUCGCUAGACAUCGACGCUGUGCUUGCAUCUGCUGAGGAGCACAACACCGAGCUGCCCACAGGCCCAGAUGACGUUGUUGACGAUAACGACGACUUCUUGAAGGCAUUUGAGGUUACAGACGUGAAGCUAGAUGACUUAGGCUGGGACGAGAUCGUCCCACAGGAGGAGGUCAAGCGCAUCCAGGACGAGGAGAACGAGCGCAAGACUCAAGAGAUGAUCAAGACUCUCGCUGGUGAUGGGCCUCGGCAACGUAAAAAGCCCGGUGAUAACUCAAUCGAGGAGCGUAACCACCGUGCGGCGAAAAAGCGGGCGCGCGACGCGCAACGCGAGGCAGCUGCUGAGAUUGAGGAAUCAGACGACGAAGAGUUGGAUCCGAAGAGGCCUCUCAGCGAAAGCGAGACACGCAGGUUGCUCAAGGCAUACCAGCAGUGGGGUUCAUUCGAUGAGAUGCAGGACAAGAUCAUCGAGACGGCGAAGCUCUCGAAGCGCGAUCCGGAGCUCAUCCGAGCGACGAUUGAUGAAAUUGUGGAAAUCAGCCGCAACGCAAUAGCUGAGGAGCAGAAGCGUCUCGAAGAAAUGGAGAAGAAUAAUACAAAGGCGGUGACGAAAAAGGAGCGUAAGGAGGUGCUAAUCGAAUAUAAUAAAGUUAAGCGCAACAACGCCACAACGAUGGUCGAGCGACCUGGCGAGAUGAGCCUCAUUCGUGCCACAGUCGGACAAGUGCACGAGAAGAAGAACUUCCGCAUCCCGGAGGCCAUGAAACCCGCUCAGGAUUUCACUUGCAACUGGGGCCCCCGCGAGGAUGGCAUGCUCAUGGUUGGCAUUGCCAAGUAUGGUUGGGGUGCUUGGUGGGAGAUUCGUGACGACCCUGAGCUAGACAUGAAGGAUAAGUGCUUCCUGGAGGAGCAGCGCACCGCGAACAAGGACGCCCGCAAGGAGGGAGGCGACACAGAAACCAAAGCUCGCAAACCGACGCAGGUGCAUCUCAAUCGCCGCGCCAACUACCUAGUCAGCGUCCUCAAAGCUAAGGCGUCUGGUGACCUAGACUCCCUGGAAAACCACCACCGCAACAUCAAGAAGGCCAUGAUUCCGGACGGUGCCCACGUACCGGGCAUGCCCCGUAAAGCGGAGAAGCCUCGUCAUCGCGCCCAUAGCAAUGCGGACGGGCGGCACAGCGUGGAUCGAAGACACCAGUCUACACCGCGAGACCGUACAGGUACUCCAGAUAUACGGCAUGACAAGCACAAGUCACAUUCUCAUGGCCACAAGAGCCAUCGGCCCGAAUCAUCGCAUCGACACAGCGAUCACCACGGUCUCAAGCGCCGCCAUGAGGAUGGCCAUCACGAGCACAGCAAGCGUCCCCGCACAUCCAGCGAACUUAACGGCACGACAUCACGCUCCAAGCAUGACCGCGACCAACAGCAGUCAUCCAGUACACAUGUGCCUAAGAAGAAGGUUCCACGCGAUGAGCUUACGGACAAGCGCACACAAGAGCUUAUGGCGCCCGUCAUGCCGUACCUUGCGAACCUGACAGAAUCCACGCGCGAUCAAACGCUGGACAAGAAAGAAAAGGUUAAGCGCAUCAAGACGAACACACUACGCAUCGGUGACUGGAUCAAAGAUCAGCCCGGCGGUUUGGAAGGCCAGGAGCGCUUCUGGGACUAUCUGGGUCAUCGCUGCUUCAACGGAAGCUCUGCGAAAAGUAUGCGCGAGAUCUACGCAAAGAUGGCGGCAGAGCGAGCGGCCAGGCCAAAGGAGGUUUCGAAGGACGGCACUAUCGGAAAAGAGAAUGGUUCGUCUAUCACUGCCACCUCCACCACUAUGACUGUUACGAAGAAGGAAGAAAGCAACGGAGUCAGUGUCGAGACAUUACCUCCCGCUGCUGCUGCGCCCUCUUGAGUCCCUCUACUUUCUGCAAGGUCUUCAAGUUGCUCCCGCCGAAGUCGAAGCACACGUUCCUACCCACCCGUCAGCAGCCGAUCGUGCUUCCUCCUGCGUUUGCCCAAGACUGCUUUAUGUUUCUCAGACUCCUGCAUGCGUUCAUGAUACCAUAUUUUCCAACUUUCAUCGUUCUCUUUUUCCCUCUCACAGAAAAUCUCCUGCAUCGACGAUGGCUUAUCAUGGCUGGCGUAUCGAAGGAUCUGUUGUUCUCUACAUCUGCAAGCUUUGAUUUUCAUUACUGGGGAGUUCAGAAGUCAUGUCGUCCUGCCUUCUGGGACACACCGUUUGUUGACAGCUGCCGCUUCAGAGCACACUUGUUAAAGGGGACGUUGUGUAUCUGGAAGCUUCGAGCAGGUGCGAUGGUUUGUUCCACAUCGACAAAGGCGACGUCAUUGGCAUCAUCAUUUACUCUGCUUUAUGCGUUGACAAGCGUUUUGCAAGGAGACAGUGCAACGUCAUUAUCAUUAGCUAUUUACGGGCGCGCUUGGGUCGUGGGUAUAUCCAAGUCAUGGACGCUUAUUUACUCGCACAAACACUAGGCGCAUACAUGCAUCAACAUUCACGCCGAAGCUCUCCGUUUCUAGAAAUCGUCUCUGCUCAAAGACGACGGAGCGUCUUUCGGUGUUUUGCUCACAGUCUUCAUUGUACAGAACAUGGAAUGGAUUUGAAUGUCAAAUGGGGAAAAUUCAAAGGACCUAAAAGAAAUUGCGACAUGUGUCUGGUAGAAGACGCUUGUUUGCUGGCGUAAUUUGAUCACUGUACUUGAGCUUACGAUCUCCAAGUUCGCCGCGUGACACGCUCUACUGAAUUCAG